CCGUAACUGGGUUGCUGCUUGCUCGAUACAAUCCGCAAGUCGUCCUUAAAACGAUUCAACUGCGAGGAUUGAAUUUUUCUCUCUCUCAUAUUUCUUUUUUCUUCCGUGCUAUUUUACAAAAUCAGACCUAGUCUCCGCGAAAAUGCCGAAGCGGAGUAAAUUGCUGCAGGCUCUUGAUGAGCACAAGGGGAGGGAUUAUGAAGCUGAGAAGCAGAAGAAGCUGGUCAAGGCUGCUCGGAAGAGAAAAGGCGUAGAGGAGAAGACGACACCUUCAAAAUCCAAGAAACAUGAUAAUGAAGCUGAGGGCACAAGCGACGAUGAGGAACAAGAAAUUGAGGUCGACGAGAGCCUCCUAGAGAACAACGAAGACCCCGAGUCCGAGUCCGAAUCCGAAGAGCAAGAACAAGAACAAGAACAAGAACCUAGCAAUGACGAUAACGACGACGAUGAAGAGGAGGAGGAGGAGGAGGAGGAGGAAGAAGAGGAAGAAGAGGAAGAGGAUAUCCCCCUCUCCGACCUCUCUGACGCUGAAAGAGAAGAUGUUGUCCCCCACCAACGCCUAACAAUUAACAAUUCCGCCGCAAUCACCACUUCCAUCAAGCGCAUCUCCUUCAUCACCUCGCAAACUCCCUUCUCCGAGCACAACUCUCUGGUCUCGCAAGAGCCUAUCGAUGUCCCCGACGCGAACGACGACCUGAAUCGCGAGCUCGCCUUCUACAAGGUAUGCCAGGCCGCUACGUUGCAGGCGCGUGGCUUGCUCAAAAAGGAGGGGAUCCCGUUCACUCGUCCAGGCGAUUAUUUUGCGGAGAUGGUGAAGACAGACGAGCACAUGGGCAAGAUCAAGAAGAAGCUGUUUGAUGAGGCGGCGGCCAAGAAGGCGUCUGCUGAUGCGCGCAAGCAGCGUGAUCUGAAGAAGUUCGGAAAGCAGGUGCAGGUUGCUAAACUGCAGCAGAGGCACAAGGAGAAGAGGGAGAUGUUGGAGAAGGUUAACGAGUUGAAGAAGAAGCGCAAGGCGGAUACCUCCGGUGCUGGUGAAGACGGUGAUAUGUUCGACGUCGCUGUUGAAGACGCUAUCCAGUCUAAUGGACGCAAGCGCGGGCCUGGCGGCGAGAACGGCGCCCCAUCGCUGAAACGCCAAAAGAAGAACGAAAAGUUCGGCUUCGGCGGCAAGAAACGAUUCUCCAAGAGUGGUGAUGCGGUUUCCAGCGGUGACAUGCGCGACUUCUCCGUUAAGAAGAUGAAGGCCGGUGGUGCUAAGGGUGGUCCUAAGGGUGGUCCUAAGAGGCCUGGGAAGAGCAAGAGAGCCGCCGCUAGGGGCAGGGCAUGAUCUAAAUUUUCAAUUUUUUUUUUUU